UUCUUUUUUCAGAUAGUGCACGCGGCACUCGGGCUGGUGCGAUCUAAUAUUAUAAUCACGUUGUUCCAAGUCGCCAGUCGUGUCGUGGUUGUAGCUGGAGUUAUCCUGGCUACGCCUACCACGUACGCCGCUGCGUCUCUGGGUCUUCCGCUGGCUCUCACCGCGUGGUCCAUCACGGAAAUCAUCAGAUACUCGUACUAUUUCGCAAAUCUCGUCGGUAUUGUGCCGCACGUGCUGGUCUGGCUGAGAUACACCUUGUUCAUCGGACUGUAUCCGCUGGGCGUGACCGGUGAAUUGUUGUGCUUCUACGCCGCCGUCAAGUACGCCAGCGCUUAUCCCAACUCCUGGAGCUAUCCUCUACCAAACGCAUGGAACUUCACAUUUAGCUACCUGUACACCCUGAUAGCAAUCAUGCUAACUUACAUUCCAGGUUUCCCGCCGCUUUAUCUGCACAUGUUCGCGCAAAGACGUAAAAUACUUGGCCCCGCGAAGGAGAAACAUUAGCUUAUAAGUCUGCAUAAUGAAUAUUUUCUUAAGCAUUUGUAACUUUCAUGAAUAUUUAUAUGUACAGAGGAAAUUAUGGGAGGGGGAUUUGUACGAGAUGUUAUUAAAGAAUGGUUACACAAAA